AUGAACAGUUCAGUCGACAUGAACAGCUCCCCGCUCAACCCAGACGCUCCGGUGUUUGUGCCGGGCACAGUAGCCGGAGCAGACAUCCUCCUGGCCGAGUCCCCGCGCAAGCCACAGCCAAUGGACGACAUUGAGCUGCCAGAUGUUAAACAAUUCGAGACAGAAGUGGUUCGGCGACCCGCUGAGUUGCUAGAUUUGGAUAACUGUGAUCAGUUAAAUGGACACCAUAAUGUAUCAAUUGAUGGAAUAACAGAACAAUUGAAUGGAAAUGACAAGAACACCCUGGACAGUCUCGGCUUUGGAUUCAGUGUGGGUGUGGAGCCCGACAAGGCCAAGGAUAUCAGUCUCAUUCAAGACUUUGAUAGGAUUCAGAAAGACACCACAGAUUUCUGUAAUAUACAGGUAUUCCAGGCACACUCUGAAACAAAUCCGUUCGCAUCAGACGACAAUGAAGAGUUACUAGAAAGAUUGAAGAGCAAGGAGCGAGAUCCGAUGAGCAUGAGCUUCUACCAGGAGAAGGACGACGACACGUGCGAGCGCCUGCUCGACGGGCCCGUCGACCUCAACGCCGUGCAGCCGCUGCCCGCCGCCGACGACGCCGACGACCACGACGACAAGGAAAACCGCAGCCCCGCGCCCGACAACGACCGCGUCCGCGCCCACCACGACCCCUUCGACCAGCCCAACUUCAUAGACUACGUCAACAACUCCAACAACCUGCAGAACUUCCCCGACAUAGACCUACAGACCGACCGCCCGCCGCAGGACAACCUCAUGCAGACGGACACUCCCGAGUCUCACAAACUUCUCUUCGAACAGAUUCCCGAAAUACCCGACGGCAAGAGCUCCGAAUUGGGCUUCAACGAGGAUAUCCAGGAUCCUUCCGAUCGGGCGAUCACGCCGCAGGAGGAAACGUCCCAGGACGUCGAAAUGGAGUGCAAACCGGAGACACCCUGCGAGCCCGCCUCGCGCCCCGAGUCGGCGCAGGAACCCCCGCAGACACAAAACGAAAUCGUAGAGUCGGAACACGCCGUUUUCGAGGAGUUCUCUCACCGGGCGGAACACGCGGAUAACCUAAUAGAAAACGACACACACGCGACUGAAAAUCACGAGCAUUCCAACCAGCACGCGGCGCCGUCCCCCGCGCCCGCCGACCGCGGCGACGUCACACCGGAGCCGGCCCACGAGCUCCAAGAGAACGUUAAGGCUGAAAUACACAACUGCGACAGGAUCGACGACCACUACGGCGCCGACGCACACGAGGACGAGCCGCGCGACGCACACACGCCGCACGAUCUGCGCGAGGACGUCGACCUCCUGUCGGCCGCCGCGCCCGAGAGCGAGACCACCGCCUCCCCCUUCCCCGCGCCCGCGCACUCCCCGCUGCCCGCGCACAGCCCCGCGCCCGUGGACGCCGACCUCCUCGCGGCCCUGCCCGCCGAGCUCGCCCGCUCGCCGCUUCCGGCCGAAGUGCCGCUCCCCAGCGAGCAGAGUCUGUCGGCCGAGUCUCCCCUCCCGCUGUCCGGCGAGUCCGCUCUCCCGGUGGAGUCCGAGAUUCCCAGGGACUUCGCGUCGCCGGUGGAGACCGAGCCGCCGAGCGCGUCCCCCGCCCUCGAAGUCGUGGCGCCCGCGGAGUCGCCGCUGCCCGUCGAGCCGGAGCUGCGGCCCGAGACCGCGUCGCCGAUCGCCGCCGCGCCGUCGCCGGCGCCGCCCGUCUGCGACCGCCUCACGCCCGAGGUCCCGCGCGAGGACGCCGCCGCGCCGCUCGAGGAUCGGUCGCGGACGCCCGAGGCCGCCUCCGGCCCCGCCCCCGACAUCGUCCCCGAACAGGCCCACAGAGAUCUCGUCACCGACAUAGACAUCGGCAUCCCCGAGUCGCACGCGCAGGAGAUCUGCGUCCCCGUCACGAGCGAGAUCGUCGACGAGGCCGUGCGGCUGUCCGCCGGCACGCCGCCGCCGACGCCCGCCGUCGACCCGGCCGCGUCGCCGCUCGACGCGCCCGCCGCCGACGUCCCCGUCGCGGCCGUCGCCGCCGCCGCCGCGGGGGCCGCCGCCGUCGCCGCGGUCGCCGCGACCGCCGUCGCGAAGGCGAAGACGCCCGCGAAAAAGACCGCCGCGUCCCCCGCCCCCAAGACGACGGCGACCCCCAAGUCGGCGGCGAAGCCGCCGCGCCCGCCUCCGCCGGCAAGAAGCCCGCCGGAGCGCCCACCCCGCGCCCCGCCGCCGCCCGGCCCUCGCUCACCAAGUCCCCCGCCGCGCCCGCGUCCGCGGCCAAGCCCAGGACCUCCGCCGCGUCCGCGACCGCCAAGCCGUCGCCGCGCCCCGCCGCCAAGAGCUCGCUCGCGCCCGCCGCCGCCAAGCCCGCCGCGCCCCGCGCCGCCCCCGCGCCGCGCCGCGCCCAAGACCACCGCCGCUCGCGCCGCGCCCCACCGCCGCCGCCGCCACCGCCCCGGCGGCCCGCGCGGCGCCCAAGCCCGCCGUGAGCGCGGCGCCGCGCCCGGCCGCGCGCCCCGCGCCCCGCCCGGCCCCGGCGCCGGCGGCGGCCAAGCCCAGGGAGGUGAAGGCGGCGGAGAGGAAGCCGCUCACGAACGGCGAGGCGAAGGCGCCCGCCCCGAUCAAGCGGCCGCCCCUCGCCGCCCCCGCCCCCGCCCGCCCCGCGCCGCGCCCGGCGCCCCGCCCCGCCACGGCGCCCGCGCAGGCCCCUACCAAGCCCGCCGCUCCGAAGCCAGCCGCGCGCGCUCCGCUGAGCGCGCGCGCGCCGCUGGACAAGCAGAGCAAGGACCUCGCCAACAAGCGCAUCACCGCCAAGGCCGCGCCGCCCAGGACUGCCCCCGCCAAGACGGCUCCUGCAAGCAAGACAACAGCAGUAAAGAGCGUGCCCAAGAAGCCGCCGACGAAGGCCACGAACGGGCUCGUGAACGGGUCCGGCGCGGGCGCGGGCGCGGGCGCGGGCGUCGGCGCCGGCGACGAGCUCAAGCCGCCGCCCUCGCCGCCCGCCGCCGACAACGCGCUGCUGCCCGACGUCAUCGCGUGAGCGUCGCGCCGCGCCGCACAGGACACGCUACGACGUUAGCUCCACCCCGCACUAGCCUCUCCCGACCGUCGCCGUCUAGUCGACGUCACUCCGUAGCGCCGACUAGACCUCCACGCUCAGAAGACGCCAGUGAGGCGUGGCCGUUAGGUUCACUCGGGCCGCCCGCGGUGGCGGGAGCCUCGAUCUCGGAACGCCCCAGUGAUCGAUUCCUAUUAUUUCCGCUUGAAUUUUGUGAUUUUCUAUAAGUGUAUGAUAGUUGAUGACGCGUUAGGUGCGGGAACCAGUUCCCGGGGUAUAUUAGAGUCGCUUUAUAGACGUACGUCGCCGGUUCGUUACGCGGGCCGAACCCCGCAACGGUUAUUAUUCAUUAUUAUGAUAUGAGUCUGUUUUUAGAAUUUUAUAUUACCAACGAAUGAUUGAUUUAAAAUCUGGCUUUUAAUUUAUUAUCUUUGUAUAACCGUAUUAUUUAAAUAAAAACGUGAGGAAGGACUGA